AUGUCUCGCUGCUUCCGUCAAGUCCUGACGCUGCGGGCAGCACAAUUUCCAGAUGCUUUCGCGAGUCAGCCAUCUGUCACCAGUGAAGCAUAUUCCAAUGAUCCAGUAUUCAAGCUGCAUGGGGCGCAGAAAGGCCGCGUGCUGCAAAAAGCAAUCUGGAACUCCUUGGCUAAGUCCAGUCCAUCCACGCAGUUGUCUAAGGCUUGUCCUGGUUCGCGUGUAGAUGGCGGCAGACGGGCACCCCAUCAAGCGGAGUUCGAUUUCACUCGUGGUGGGCGCCGGGUGGAAUGCAAGGGUGCCAGCAUGACUUGGCACGCAGCGCGACAUUCCUGGUACGUGCAAUGGAACCGAAUCAAAUUCAACCAGGCGUACUUUGACGAUCUCUUUCUUGCAUUUCACUCCCCGUGCCAGGUGGACAUCAUACUGCACAAUGGUCUUGCAGGCGUGAGUAGCUGGGGAUCCCUCACACCAGCACUGGGUCAUAUGGUUUCGUUUGCCGCUGGCAGAGCCAUUGACAACCCAGCGAAGGCACGCCAACAGAUUCUGGCAAAGAUGCUCCGCCCCUCCCACUUGUGCAAGCAUUUUGCGACGCUAAGUUCCGAGAGCUUGGCAGAAUUGGUAGCAGAAGAAUUUGCAAGAGAGAGUUCAGAAAUUACCCUGUCGAGGUAUGCGGGCAUUCCUUUGGCAGAUUUAAGCGCCUGUGCAAGAGGUUUGCGCCUACAGGAGGUAGCCUUAGCAGUCGAUCAAAUGCUUCAUCCAUGCAGCACUUUCAGCCGUGAUGAUGGCAGCUUCGGGGCCAACGCUGACUGGCUCCGCGACGACGUCAGAGUCGAGUUCAAGUCUUCAAGGUUGUCCUGGAGUAGCCGCGAGCAUAGCUGGAGGUGCCAGUUCCGUUGCAUCAAGUUUGCCAACUCAAGUCCAGAAAGUCGAGCCGGCCCGGCUGCUUUCGACGAACUGUGGCUUGGACUGUACAGCCCCCGUGGCCUGCAUUUCCUCCAACAUGGUGGCAGGCUUGGACGUUCGACAGCUGGUGUGGAGACCGAACUCGUGGGUCAUUCAAUACUAGUCUACGGGGCCCGUGGCCAUGAAUGUCUGGACACAGCUCUGGAUUCAAUACUUGGUAAGCUUCAGAGGUCUGGCUGCAAGCUCUUGGCAACUAUCGCAUGGUGA